AUGCACCGCUUUACUGAUAUCGAAUCAACGUCAAAGCGACUACCACCUGUCUACGGCUACUUGACUCAUCAACUAGUACCUCUAUCAAAAGCUCUCGAACCAAUCUCCUCGUUAAUUGAUCAGCUAGAUCGUUUUGCCAAAAUUGCGAAAAAUGAGUGUCAUUUUCCUUCCCAACAUGGACUUACUCGUGACGAGUCAGCUGCUGUUUAUCUUUAUACAAUGGAAUGGGGAGAAAACAGUUUCUAUCAAGUACUUAAUCGUGCACUACGUGCUGAAGAUCGAUCAGCAUUAAAACCGUGGUUCGCUUAUCUCAAGCUAUUCGAUGUAGCAGUACAAAAGCUACCAACUGUUCGAAAGAAUCUUUGGCGUGGUGUUUCGAAAGAUAUAACAAGAAACUAUAAGAAGGGCGAUGAAUUUACAUGGUGGACGAUCAGUUCAUGUUCGACUUCUGUUAAUAUUAUCAAGGAUUUUCUUGGACCAAAUUCAACCUUAUUCUUAAUUGAAGCAAUCAGUGGAAAAGAUGUUUCAAGUUGUACCAAUUAUCCAAAUGAAGAUGAAGUCAUUCUUUGUCCAGGUACACGAUUUCGUGUUGUUAGUGAUCCUUUAGAUCAACCACCGAUGCAUCUGAUCCAUUUGCAAGAAAUUACUGACGAUGACGAAGGAUCACUGUCAGCAGGUCUUAAAACGAUGACAGUGACAACAACAUCGAAUACUACAUCCACCCAUACACUGACUAAUGUUCAAUCUUCACAGAUACAUAUUCAUACUGAUGAAUGGGGUCAUAGAUACGAAACAGUGAACACGUCAUUAGCGAAUGAACAUGAAGGAGAAAUGAAAGGAGAGAAAAAACAUGGUAAAGGUCAGAUGGAUUAUGCGAAUGGUGGUAAAUACAUAGGUAUGUGGGUGGAAGGCAACAGAAUAGGUCAAGGUGUCUACAUAUUUAAUAAUGGUGAUCGAUACGAGGGACAAUUCAAAGACAAUCUUGUUCAUGGAAAAGGUCAAAUGGAUUUUGCCAAUGGCGAUAAAUACACAGGUGAUUAUAUCGACGACAAAAGAACAGGUCAAGGUGUCUACAUUUAUGCUAAUGGUAACCGGUACGAGGGAGAGUUCAAAGACAACAAGCGGCAUGGGAAAGGUAAAAUGUAUUUUGCUAGUGGCGCUAAAUACACAGGUGAUUAUAUCGAAGGCAACAGAACAGGUCAAGGUGUCUACAAUUUUCCCAGUGGUGAUCGGUACGAGGGACAAUGGAAAGACAACGAUAUGCAUGGUAAAGGUAAAAUGGAUUUUGCUAGUGGCGAUAAAUACACAGGUGAUUAUAUCGACGACAAAAGAACAGGUCAAGGUGUCUACAUGUUUGCUAAUGGUAAUCGGUAUGAGGGACAAUAUAAAGACAACAAAAAACAUGGAAAAGGUAAAAUGAUAUAUGCCAAUGGUGUCGUGCAAGAUGGAAUGUGGUCCGAUAAUAAAUUUGACGGCUAA